UGAUCAUAUCAACCAUCAACUUUUACGAUUCAGUAGUUUUAUAUCGUUUAUUCAGGUCACACAACUAUGGCUAGUGCAAGCACUUCAAAAAUCGAGGACAAUAAAUCUCCAACAGGUCCUAGGAUCAUCGUCACCGGUGCUGCAAACGGGAUCGGUGCACAUUGUGCUUUACAUUUUGCUAAAGUUCAUAAUGCUCGUGUUGCAUUACUAGAUGAUGAUAUAUUAUCUUUACGAGCUUUACGACAUUUCUUAUCAAUCAGUCAUAGUUCAUUAUUCCAAACCCGAGGUGAACCAGAAGAAGAUGUAUUUGAAUAUUUAGAAGGAGAUCAACUUUUAUUCUUACCCACUGAUUUUACAUUAGAAGCUUCAGUGAUCGCCUCAAUUUCAGAAGUCACAAAGGUUUGGUUAGGUGUAGAUGGAUUGAUUAAUAAUCCAGGUGGUGGUCCAUUAGCUUCAUUUAGUGCUAGACCGAUCGAACAUACUUCUUUAGAUGAUUUUAAUCAAAUCGUUCAAUCUAAUCUAUCGUCUCAUUGGAUCAUGGCCAAACAUGUUGUAGAAGAACUUUCUAAAACCGGUGGUGCAAUCGUUUCAAUUGCUUCGACUAGAGGCUUACAGAGUGAACCGGGUUGUAGUGCUGCUUAUGCUGCGGCUAAAGGUGGUGUGAUCUCUCUGACUCAUUCUCUUGCAAGUAAUUUCGCAGAACGUCGGGUAAGAGUGAAUUGUAUUAGUACUGGUUGGAUUGAUGUAAGAGACGCUAUUAUGAGUGAUGUGAUGACUUUUCCAGGUACGCCAGUCGUACCACUCAGACCUACAGAUCAUGCACAACAUUGGGCAGGAAGAGUAGGAAGAGGUGAAGAUGUAGCUAAAUUAGCUUGGUUCUUACUUGAUUAUACACAAAGUGGAUUUAUUGAUGGAGAAAAUUAUGUACUGGAUGGUGGAAUGUCUAAAAAGAUGAAGUAUUGUUAAAGAAAGAAAAAAAAGUAUAUUUCGCAUUGUGUUGUUUUAUUUGUUUUGGCUUAUCAUCAGAUUUUUCUUUAUCUUUUGUACUCUUGAUAAUUUGUGGUGGGCUUUCUUGGCUUUGGUAGGUGUGUAUUGUAUGCUUUUUUUGUGAGAAGUUUGCAAUGUUCCUAUUGUUUUUCUU